AUGGAUAUUAUAAAAAAUUUAAACGGAAAUGAGAGAAUUCGUAACAUUUGCAUUUUAGCUCAUGUAGAUCAUGGGAAAACUACUUUGGUUGAUAAUUUAAUUAGUUAUAAUAAAAUAAUUAGUGAUAAAAACAUAGGUAAGGUAAAGUAUUUAGAUAAUAGAGAAGAUGAACAAAAGCGGCAAAUCACUAUGAAAAGUUCGAGUAUUCUUUUAACAUAUAUAUACAAUGAAAAUUAUUUAAAUGAAAUGUUUAUUGAUAGAGACAAUAGUAAAAGUAAUUCUCAAAAUGAAGGUGGUGCAAAUAAUGAUGAUAAUAUAAAUAAGGAAAGUACGAACAAUAGUGAAAAUAAAUUAACAGAUGAAAAAAAAAAAAAUUAUAAUGAUGUUGAAAAAAAAAAAAGUGAUGAUAAAAUUAUGGGAAAAAAUAAGACUUAUUUAAUAAAUAUAAUUGAUACACCUGGUCAUGUAGAUUUUUCCUCUGAAGUAUCAACUUGCAUUAGAAUAUGUGAUGGAUCAUUAAUACUUAUUGAUUGUAUAGAGGGUAUAUGCAGUCAAACAAAAAUUGUUUUAAGACAGACUUGGAAAGAAAUGAUAAAAAGUAUUUUAGUUAUUAAUAAAAUUGAUAAAUUAAUAACAAAUAAGAAUAUGGAUAGUAUUAGUGCAUAUGAGCAUAUAAAUAAUAUAAUUGAACAAGUAAAUGCUUAUAUUUAUCAACUAUAUAUUGAAGAAAAUAUGAAUAAUGAUAGUAUAGAAACUUCUGAAUUAGAGAAACAUUCUUAUUCACCAACAAAAGGAAAUGUAUUACUAUGUAGUAGCAUACAUAGUUGGUGCGUUGAUAUGAACACUUUUUCUUUUUUAUUUUGUAAAAAAAUGAAUAUAAAUCUUAGUAAUGUUGAUAAAAUUAAGAAAUACAUGUGGAAUCAAUAUUAUUUUAAUAUGAAAGAAAAAAAAAUUUUAAAAAUUCCAAACGAUGCAUAUUCAUCCAAUAAUAACAUAAAAAAAAAAAAAAAAAAUUUGUUUUCCUUAGUUGUUCUUGAUUUCCUGUGGAAAAUUUAUGAUAUUACAAUUAUAAAUAGAGAUGAUGAGAAGAUAAAGAAUUUAUGUUUAGAAUUAAAUAUUUCUGAUUCCUUUAUGAAAAAGAAUAAACAAAAUAAUAUUGAAAACAAUACUUUUAUUUUAACACAAAUUAUGUCAAAAUUUUUAAAUUUUUCAAGGUCUAUUUUUAAUGCAUGUAUUGAAAUAUUUCCAUCACCAAAAAAAAUAGAUGAGAAUAGACUUUUUAAAAUUUUCCCUUCUUUAUAUAAUAAAGAAAUAUAUAGAAAUAUAAUUAACUGUUCUACCGAUGAUUUUACUGUUAUCUAUAUAUCUAAAUAUAUUUGCGCAAAUCUGCAAAAUAAUACUUUAGUUGGAUUCAAAGGAUUUUACGAUAAGAACACCUUUUUAGCUAUUUGUAGAAUUUAUUCAGGAAUUCUAUAUCAGGAUAUGAUUUUAUAUAUAUGCGGAAAAAGUAUUAAGACUGUAGUUAAAAAGAUAUAUAUAUGUAUGGGAGGAGAUCUUUUAUCAAUUAAUGAAGCAUAUGCAGGUAACAUUGUUGCUGUAUAUCUUUCUUUAAUAAAAGAAGAUUAUGAAAAUAAUAAAACAAAUCAAAUAAAUUUUUUAGAAAAAGAAAUUAUUGUAAGUAGUAAUGUAAGCAAAAACUCCAAAUGUUAUAAUGAUUCUAAUGAAAAAGAAAAAAGAGAAUAUUCUUAUGAAAAUACACAUAAUAAUUUUAAUAAACAAAUUCUGAAUGAAUCAGAAAAUAUUUUUAAAAGAAAUAAUCAAAUAAAAAGUACUGAUGAGCAUUUUGUUAACAACCUUGGAAAUGUUGAUGGGGAAGAUUUACAAUAUUUGUCCAAUACCUUAAUGAAUUUAAUUAAAAAUAAAAGAAGUAAAAAAGAAUAUAAUAUAUUUUUAAUGAAUAAUGAAUGCAUAUUUUUAAAUAAAAAUGUCACAUUAUCAAAUCAAAAAAAUAUUGAUUCUUUUAUUUUACCUUUUACUGAUACAUGCUCAACCAUAUUACAUACAAUAGUAGAACCUAAAAAUAUUCAAGAUAUGAACAAAUUUCUAUAUGGCUUAAUUUUACUAUACACAUGUGAUACAUCAAUAGAUAUAGAUUUUAAUGAAAGAGGAGAAUAUAUUUUGAAGUUUUGUGGUGAAAUACAUAUGCAGAAAUGCCUCUCAGAUUUUGUUAAUAUAUACAGUAAUAUAGAAAUAAAGACAUCAGAUGCUAAUAUUUCUGUUAGAGAGGGUAUUAAUGAUAGUUAUAUAAAAGUAAAAAGAAAAAAAAAUAAAAUCCAUGAUAAUUUAAAAGGUUUAUAUAAUUAUUAUUUAAAAAUACAAAAUUCAAAUCAAUUUAAGCAUUCAGAACAUUUCAUAAAUGAUGAUAUAACUAAAGAAAAUUAUAAAAUUAUAGAAGAUGAUAAUAGUAACAAUACAAGCAAAGAGAAAAAUAAUAUGCUUAAAGAGAAGAAUAUUAAUUCUUUAAAAAUGGAAAGUAGUAAUAGUUCAAAUAACUUUUUUAAAAAUAUAUGUUUAGAAAAAGAUAAUCAUUUUUUAAAUAUAUUAUUUAAUUACAAUCAUAAUACCAUAUGUAAUAAACUAAAUAAUAAUUCAUUUUAUGUUUUUUUGAGUGUUUUAAAUAUGCCUGAAAAUAUAUUGCAUUUUUUUGAUAAACAUUAUUCCAAUAUACAAACUAUAUUAGAAAAUAGAUGUAUUUCUCCUUGCUUUUUAAAUUAUAAUAAAGUGGAUUUUUCCAACAAAAAUGAGCAUUUUUUGUAUAAACAAUGUUUAAUUAAUUUAGAGAAAUGUGUAAACGAUUUAUGUUUUUCUGACAAAGUUAAUUAUAAAGAUUUAAUUGAAGAAAAUAUAAAUGAAUCAAUAAUGAGUGAUUCAGAGAAAAGAGAAGAAAAAGAAAAUUUAGCAAAAGAUAAUAAUAAUGAAAAGGUGAGUUUUUUAAAAAAAAAUAAAAAUUAUCAUUUACAACUAUGGGAUAUUUGUGUGCAAAAUGGAAGUAUCACAUUAUUAUACAUAAAAAAAUAUUAUAGUAAAAAAAAAAAUAAUGAAUAUAUACUUGACAAUAUCUUAACAAAUGAGAAAUAUAAAAAUAUAAUUAACCAGCGAUGCUUUGUUGAUACAUAUUUAUCUGAUACAAAUAAUGAUAUAAAUAUUUACUUAAAUAAUUUAUGUCUUGGUUUCAAACUAGCAUCAAAAUAUGGACCAAUAGCACAAGAACCAAUCAGAGGUGUUUUAUUUAUAAUUGAAGGAUUAAUAAUCGAUGAAUCAUUUAAUGAAGAAAUAUUUGAAGAUAUAAAUACAAAAGAGGAAGAUUUAGAAGAAAAAAUAAAUCCAGGUAAUAUCAUUGCUUUAAUGAAAGAAACUUGUUUAAAUUCUAUGCAACAAAAUAAGCUAAGAAUUUUUGAGCCAAUGUUAAGGCUAAAUUUAACUUGUGAAAGUAGUGUAUUAGGUAAAGUAUACAAUGUUUUAUUAAAAAGAAGAUGUACUAUAUUGUCAGAAGAAAUAAAAGAUGGAUAUUUUUUAUAUUGUAUUGAUGCAUAUUUACCUCUGUUUAAUUCUUUUAAAUUUGCCGAAGAAUUAAGAUCAAAAUGUUCUGGUAAUGUAAUUUAUGAUAUUCAAUUUAGUCAUUGGCAUAAAUUAGAUGAAGAUAUAUUUUUAUCAAAUGAUAGCUCAACUGUUAUAUAUGACGAAGAUUUUGAUAUUAAAUUAACUGACAAUACUGCAACAGAAAUAGUUAACUAUAUCAGAAGAGCUAAAGGUUUAGUAACUAACGAGAAAAUAAUACAAAAGCCAGAAAAGCAAUGCACUUUAAAGAAAUAG